GACGCCGGGCGGCAUCAGUGCCUGGCAGCCUAUUCUGUCAGGCAUCAGCAACUGUGUGAACCCAGAGGAGCGCUAGUCUCGAAGAAGUGCUAGUGGCUGACAUAAGAAGCCCUACCGAGCGCUAGUCCCGGGCAGGCUAGCGGGAUGAGUCAGCCACCCACACAGGGAAAUCUCGCUACACCACCAAAAAUUCCACAAGACGAAUCCCCGACGAGAUCCUGAACACCUCGACCUGUCGACAAACCCGCGCCCUCCGUCUUGACCGCGCAGCUCCGUCAAGAUGAAGCUCAACAUCUCCUACCCGGCCAAUGGGUCGCAGAAGAUCAUCGAGGUCGAUGAUGAGCGCAAGCUCCGUCCCUUCAUGGAGAAGCGCAUGGGAACCGAAGUUCCCGGCGAGUCCCUCGGCGACGAAUUCAAGGGUUACCUCUUCAAGAUCACCGGUGGUAACGAUAAGCAAGGUUUCCCCAUGAAGCAGGGUGUUCUCCUUCCCACCCGUACCCGUCUUCUCCUUGCCGAAGGCCACAGCUGCUACCGCCCCCGCCGCACCGGAGAGCGCAAGCGCAAGAGUGUCCGUGGUGCCAUCACCGGUUUCGACCUUGCCGUUCUCGCCCUGAGCAUCGUCAAGCAGGGUGAGGGUGAGAUCCCCGGUAUCACCGACACCGUCGUCCCCAAGAGACUCGGCCCCAAGCGUGCCACCAAGAUCCGCCGUUUCUUCGGUCUCGACAAGAAGGACGAUGUCCGCCAGUUCGUCAUCCGCCGUACCGUCACCCGCGAGGGCAAGCAGGACUACACCAAGGCCCCCAAGAUCCAGCGUCUGGUUACUCCCCAGCGUCUCCAGCGCAAGCGUCACCAGAGCGCCAUCAAGCGCCGCCGCGCUGAGGCUUCCCGCGAGGCUGCUAACGACUACGCUAAGCUCCUUGCCGGCCGUGUCCACGAGGAGAAGGCCAAGCGUGACGAGCUCCGCAAGCGCAGGGCGUCUUCGAUGAGAAAGUAAAUGUUCUUUUCACCGGGGGUUUAAUGGUCGGGUUACGUCUCUAUUAUGGCUAGGAAAAAAAAUCUCAGCGUCGGACCGGGAAUAGGGUUUUUUUUUUCUUUCUUAUUUGUUGAGUUCCAGGUGAAAGACAAAGGGUGUGACCCAGGAUGACAAGAGACUUUGGCGUGCAGAUUUUUUUUAUCUACAUAUGAAAAAGAAAAGAAAAGCCAUAUUCCAUACCAAAACGAAGUGUAUGUGGAAAUGAAAGGGAAGAAAUCUUUAUCAAAGAUUGAAGGUCGAUUUCCUUUCGGUCUCUUGGGGUUUUCCUCUUGCCUUGACCAUGGAGACAGAACAGCAGGUUAACGAUUCCAACGGGGCUGGGGAAGCGUAACUUAUGUGGUUUCUUUUCGGGAGCUCCGCAAAAAAGGAAAUGAAAUGAAUUCUCUAUGCUUGUUUAACUCUUCCUUAUUGUUUUGUGCGAAUAUCAUCU